AUGGCGGCUCCGAAUAGCUUGGAGAGCUUCCAGGCUCUGUAUGCUGACCUUGUUGACCUGUCCGACGCGAAGCUGUCAGAUCUGAAUAGACUACUACUCCAGAUUGAAAGCAGUAUCCCGGCCUUCACGAACGUGUUGGAUAAGCGUACGCGAAAUGAAGAGAGCCGGAAGAGUUUGGCAACUGGAAAGCUUGACGUGGACGGCGAACAGUAUGCGAUCAACGAGGAAUUCCAAGCGGCGUCCUUACGGCUCGCUGACGACUUGAAUAUUGACGAACUCGAUGCUGCACGACUAUUCUUGGACUCCCAAAAUGAUACUUCUGGCCAGCCAGCCCAUACUGCCGCGAUCAUUCGAUUUCACCAGCGGAGGAAAUCUCUGUUGGACUGUUUACGGACAAUAUCUGAAAUUUCCGCCGAUAUUGAGCAAGAAGAUAACGUGAGGGUUCUGUUACAAGAAUUUGUGCGCAGGAUUGUUUCCCCCCCAGGAUCUACAUCGAGAUAUGUCCAAAAAUGUGUCUCGAGCAUGGGGGACAUCAAAAUCUGGCUCCAAAACCUCGCGGACAAAGUGAAUGGUGCAUCCGUUCUGGGCCAGUCGCAACAGCCGGAUUUCUUAGAAACUAUUCAGUUCCAGCAAACGAGUCUUGUGAUUCAGCAUGAGUCUUUGGGCCUCAUUGUGCUCUGGCUAGUGAAGUUGAAUUAUUCUGAAAUGGCGGAUUUUGACUUGGUGCUUGACACUUUGAAGAAAACGGAUCGAUAUGACAACUUACUAUUACAUUACUUUCCUGUUCUCGGUGCCUACAUAUCAUGUUUUGGUGGUACAGAAGGAGGCGGGACUAUGACCGAGGCCAAGAAUCUGAAUGAUAGAUUAUUUGCCCCAAACCAGAACCCAUGGGCAUUGCCUUAUGUUCAAGCCGCAUUCCGGGCAUGGUGGCUUGCUGAGUACAGCGGUUGGUAUGUUGAUAUCAAUGAUGGUUCGAUUCCGGAGAAUCAAUUAGAGGAUGAAACUACACAGCGUUCCAGGCAGUUUACUGAAGCCCUCAAAGAUGGGGCGUUUGAUUUUUUAUUGAGCAUAUCCGCUGAUGCUAAGCCGAUAGACUGGCAUGACCCUGCGCGCCAGGGUUUGCGCCAAUGGUUACAGCGGAAAACCCCAGUCAUGUUGAAUGGAUCAUUUCAAUUCUCAAAAAUGUUUCAAGAGGCGCUUAUGGAACAGUUGGAAGCAUUCAUUGAAGCCUUCAUUACGAACCUUCCGGACGUUCUGAGGAAACUGAGAACUGACGAGGAUGAACAGCGCCAACUCAACCAGGAGCAUGACCAUGACCUCGAUCUGGAGAGAUUUCUGGUUAUUAUAUCUUUCUCAUUUGAAAAGCGACCUAAAGCCGCUCUAGAGGGCUUCUGGGAUGUUCGAGAUGGUGCCUUGAUGGGAUUUGUGCACUGGGCGUCGAGGCGAGCAUCUACACCUCUAGUCACCGCGUUCUGUGAGAUGCUCCAAUCCAUCUCCGAGGACGAAGAAUGCGCGACUGCCGCUCAUGAGUUCCUCUUGGACGAUGGCCCACAGUCAUCUGGCAAAAUGAGAAGGACCCAUUCUUUAUCGUGGAACCAGAUUUUCAAGGAACUCACAUUUUUCUCGUCCAAGAUUCGCAACCGCCCAGCUCUCCCACAACCUCAAACCUAUCGUGCUGGGAAGCCACCUAGUGAUUUUGCCGAGGCAGAGCCGGAGUCUUCAAUGAUGUUAGAGUCAUAUCUGCGCCUAAUCACCCGCCUAUGUACAGAGAGCACAGCUGUAAGAACCUUUCUAUCGCAGCACUCUUCGUUUCAUAUGACCGAGCUUCUCUUCCAACUAGCCAGUAGUGCUAUUGGACCACGUCUCAGGGCUUGUGCAUUUACCACGCUGCGAUCGUUUCUCAGCCACAAAACGAGAAAUGUUGGACAGUUCCUGUGGACGACUCUCGAUAUCUGGGUAUCCGGUGGCUAUGCUCCAGGGUCUUCUGCGCCCAAGGCAACUUCAUCUGGGGGAGCAACGAGUUCUGCAUCUGCAGCUGGGGCUAUCCUGAAAGGCCUUACGUCAGGUUUUGAAGAGCCCACUGCAUUUGUUCAGCUUCUCCAUGCCCUGGUGUCACCUUAUGAAGACGAUUGUGGCCUAUAUGAUAGCCUCCCAUUCCCCGAACAGCUCGGGAUCUCAAGUCGCAUGCCUGGUAUUGAUCCUUACAUCGACUAUGCUUUGGGUGAGAUAUUCGGGUCUCGGGUCUCCGAUCUGACUGAUAUCGUCCAACAACGACUUUUGCGAUUAUCAUGUCUGGAUUUCAUUACAACUUGCCUAGACACUUUCAACGAGAAUCUGGUCAUAUUCGCAAGUCAAUCUAAUGUCGCUGUCGAUACGGCCAUCAGUACUUCGAAUCUCGAGAACUAUGUACUGCUCCAUCCGUUCUCCAGAGUGAUGGAGUGGAUGUUUAACGACAAGGUCGUGACUGCCCUAUUUGCCGCGAUUCAUCAAGAAGUUAGAGACGUAUAUUCUGCUGAACCGGACUCACCCUUGGUUUUGUCGCUCUUGAGAAGCAUUCACGUUGUCACGAAGGUCCUGGAUCUACAACCUACAUACCUGGACAUCAUUAAACCUCUCAUCAAGUCGAAUUCAACAUAUCGGCGGAGCCCUGUUCCCAAUGCCGCGUUCACAGCCUUUGAGGAUGGAUUCCUAAGUCACCUUAAUAUAAUUCCAGAUUUGGGUCGAUAUUGUGGUACUGGGCAUCCAGAGCUGGUUAUUGCAUCACUCAAGUUGCUGGAAAAACUCUCCGCGUCCCCCAGACUUACAUCCGGCCCCACGUCAGGUUUAAGCCGAGGAGUUGACCGUAAUAAAGCUCUUGCUGCUCUCGAUGAUGAUGCUGAAGAAAUAUCGAAAAUUCUACUUCGUGAGAUGGAGGUGAACAUUGAUAUCAACCGGGGCCCCGACUGCUCGGAAUAUAUUGUCAAGCUCCGGAUCCUUGACUUCCUCAUCUCUUGUCUUCGGGCGUCUCCGGGCCAGCCUACCAUAGCUCAUAUUUUACUGGGCUUCAAGUGUGGCGAUCACAUGGUCAACGUUGACGGCGACGGCUUAUUUAGUCGUGGUAUAUCGCUAUUCCACACGAUAUUGGAAUCGAUCACAAACUGGCCCCUCUCAGAUGACUCUGGUAUGUGCACUUGGCUUGUCUCCCUUAAUUAUAGAGCAAUUCAAGUAAUCAAGGAGCUAUGGUCAUCGCCAAUAUCCUCAAACGUGGUCAUGGCUGAGAUGCGAUCCAAUGAUGCCUUUUUCAUGAUGUUUCCUCAGGAAACCAUGAUUCAACCCGGAAUGCUUUGGGACGGAUUAGAAAUUGGAGAUCCAGCUUUUGAGUUAUCUCCUUCUGUAUCCUGUCUAUCUGAUUUUAUGUACCGGCGUUCCAUUGUCCUGCAAUACCUAUCGUCAGAGAUGCGUCAGGUCAUGAUCAGUCACACGCCAUCUCUUAAGCAGAGAAUAUAUGAGACUUUGAUGGGAUCAACAAGAAUCGAAGACGGACAGAUGUAUUCACACGCCUCUAUUUUCGAACUUUUCGACUUCAUGGAACCUAAUUUUGGUACACUAGAGAGACCAUCUGAUCUGUCGUACUUCCAGGAUAUCGAUCUUCAUUCCUGCUUGGAUAUCCCGGAUGACCCUGAUUCCACGUCAAAUAUAGAUAGAAUCGAAGAGCUCCUGAUACUGCGACGCGCCGAGCUUGCAAACUCAAAAAGAGUGGAGAGUCCUCAAGAUUUGUUGAUUGUAAAUCAGCAGGCUGAAAUGCUUCUCAAGUUCUUCGCUGUGGACAACCAGAUCAAGUCGAUUCGCGCAGCUCGAUUGAAAGUCCUGAGAGCGUGGGUGCAAUUGAUGUUGUUACUAGUUGGAGGCGGCGACUUCGAAAAGACGUCCAAGACAUCUAUUAUGCUACGAACAUUACAAACCAUCAUGCCAAGGUUAGAAAGCGAUCUUCAGAAUGUUCCAGAAGCCACGGAACUUGCCAAGCUUGCAAAAGUCGUGAUAUUCAGCCUCGACUUUGAUCCUGAAUCUUUCAAAAAGGGCGAUAUGGGAGAUCUUGUGAAUGACAGGUUAUUUCAUCUGUUUCAUGUAUCUCUCAAAGCGAUCAAUUCCCUUGGUUCGAAGACUUCUCUGAAAGAAGCCUUCUAUAAUAUUAGUUACCGCUACUUGACGGGCAUGUCAGAUAUCACCAGCCAUCCAGGAAUCCAUCGUCGACACAGCAUUCAGACCAUCAAAUCGGCUGGAGAACGAUUGAUAGAUGUGGUCUGCGACGAUGCAUAUGCCAGUGAGCCAACUUGUAGGAUAGCAGCAUUGCUCCUGCUAGGCGCACUGGUCAAUAUGGGAAAGCAUGAAAAUUCGAAAUACAUCAUCGAAUCUCUAACGCGCCUAAAUUUCAUUACAAUCCUUGUCGCGUCUAUUCAGAAUAUAGCAACCGAUCUGCGUGACACAGAAAUGGAGCAUGUGGACUUACAACUUUCAUACUGCAAUGCAAAGCUCGCGCUUCUGCUUCAAAUAGCACAAACUCGUUUUGGAGCCGCGACUGUUCUCAACGCGGGUUUAUUUCAUGCAAUUAAAGAGUCGGGGCUAUUUGUUGUUGACCCUGAUCUCGGCGUUGAUAUCGAGGGACCGGAUGUUGUUAGCAAGCACUACAGUCUCCUUGCCGCAAUCAUGAGAGUGGUCUGCGCAGCUCUGUUGAGCCGAGGCGCCCAGAAUGAGCAGUCUCUGGAACAAGGACGUCGCUUUCUCACCGAGAACCGCCUUCCUAUUCUUGCUGUCCUCAAAAAGUCCGCGGGAUUGGUUGCAGGAGUUGUUGUAUCGGAACAAGUAGAAGAUCUGGCGGAGUCAUUCAUAUUGCUCGUGACAUUCACAGGAUUUCUCGAAUUCGAGGAGAAAGUUGUUCCCAAAAAGUCAUCAUUGACGGCGUUUACUUGA